AUGGAAUUCGAUGAUCUCGGGUAUUCCCAGAUGGGGUUUGCGAGCAAUGCGGUGGAGUUGUUUGGGAAAAUGAGGGAUGAGGGGUUUGAGCCGGAUGAAAUGACGCUAGUGAGCCUUCUCAGGGCGUGUGGUGACUUAGGCAAUGUGAGUUUGGGGAGGUGGGUUGAAGGUUUUGUUGGGGAUCAUAACAUGGAGUUGAGUGCGUAUAUUGGGUCUGCUUUGAUUGAUAUGUAUGGCAAAUGUGGGGAUUUGUUGUCAGCGAGGAAUGUCUUUGACAGAAUGGCGACAAAAGAUAUGGUCAUCUGGAAUGCCAUGAUUACAGGGCAAGUACUUCUCUCCAUUCUUAUGUGGUAUUACUUGUAUGUUGCGAAGAACUUAAUUCAUUCUUGA